UUUGACAAAAAGACGAGGAAGAAACCUGUACACGGAAGUCAUUCAGAAUUUUACCUACCAUACAGUUUACAUACUUGAGGUUUGAUUUCAUCUGCAGAGUUUUUCGGCAUCAUUUCGUCUUUCCUCUGGCGGUUAGUUAAACCGUAAUGGCACUUAACGAUGGGACAGUCGGCGUGGACACCGUGAUAAGAUAGCGUGUAGUUAUCAGCAGACGGUUGAUAUCCAGUGAGGGUCAAUGGACGCCAGGACCUGAAGGGCUGCUGUUUUGACAGCUGGGUUGAGCCUCCAGUACCUGGUCUUUCUGCCCGACAGAGAGAGCUGCUCGAGAACAGACACGACCCGAGGUUUAAACACUAAAGAGGGGGUUAUACUACGUAGAGACAAAUAUACGUAUGUGAAGUUGCUUUUAAAGUGCAAUUGAAGGCAAGGCAGAAAGGUGAGGGUCACUCCCUGUCAGUGUCAGCGACUCCUUCUCACCAGUGUUUGCUCUCUUCACACCGACCCUUGGUCAUGGCCUCUCCCCGGCUGAAAUACCUCUCUCUGGGCGUGCUGGUGUUCCAGACCACGUCCCUGGUGCUCACCAUGCGGUACUCCCGCACCCUGCAGGCCGAGGGCCCGCGGUACCUGGCCUCCUCGGCGGUGGUGGUGGCCGAGGUCAUGAAGAUCCUCACCUGUGUGCUGCUCGUCUUCAAGGAGCACAAUUACAGCAUGCGAGCUCUGAACAGCCUCCUGCGUCAGGAAAUUGCCCACAAACCCAUAGAAACGCUGAAGCUGGCGAUUCCCUCUGGGAUCUACACGCUGCAGAACAACCUGCUGUACGUCGCCUUGUCCAACCUAGACGCAGCCACCUACCAGGUGACAUACCAGCUGAAGAUCCUGACCACGGCUCUGUUCUCGGUGUCCAUGCUGGGCCGCAGGCUGGGCGUCUACCAGUGGCUCUCAUUGCUGAUUCUUAUGGUUGGAGUGGCUCUCGUGCAGUGGCCCUCUGAGUCUGCAGCGGCCCCUGAGCAGGAGGCCCUCUCUGCAGGCUCCCAGUUUGUCGGUGUGACAGCAGUUCUGGUGGCGUGCUUCUCCAGCGGGUUCGCCGGUGUCUACUUUGAGAAGAUCCUAAAGGAGAGCAAACAGAGCGUCUGGGUCCGCAACAUUCAGCUAGGGAUGUUUGGCCUGGUGUUUGGCCUCUUUGGGAUGCUGAGCUACGAUGGAGAGAGGGUGAGGGAGUCAGGAAUGUUCCAGGGGUACAGCACCGUCACCUGGACUGUCGUAGCGCUGCAGGCGCUGGGGGGUCUGGUCAUAGCAGCGGUCAUCAAGUAUGCAGACAACAUCCUCAAGGGCUUUGCUACAUCGCUCUCCAUCAUCCUGUCAACUCUUAUAUCGUACUUCUGGCUACAGGACUUCGACCCCACUAGUGUGUUCUUCAUGGGGGCUGUUUUGGUAAUCGCAGCCACUUUCCUCUACGGCUACGAAGGCAAGCCGUCCCCCAACCCCAGCAGGGCGUAGGACACUCACGGCUGACACUACAGCAGCUGUAGGAGGUCCUGUUGAAGCGUCAAGACAUGGAGUUGAAAGGAGGACAGAGAGCUGGGAAAAAAAAAAAGGAGGGGCAAAAGGUCUUUAUCGUAUAUUGUGAUCCUGAAAAAGGAAAAGACGGAGCAAAGAAGAAGGAGAGGAGGUAAGCAGGUUGAGUACAGACUACAAGAAGGUGGAAAAAAAAAAAAGCAA